UAUGCCUAAAAUUACAGUUAAAGGCAUUUCAGCGGGCGCGCGCUGUAAACCGAGGACAUUACCUGCACAAGGCAAUGCAGACAGACCUCAACGGGAGACGCUGUUGGGGGGAAGUCCAGAUCAAAUCAUGUUGGGGAUAUUGCCUCUCCUACGAGAUAUCGGACUGGCAGUUCCCAUACAAGGAGUCUCAUCACCCAGUCUGCGUACAUGGGGGCAGGAAGCAUGCGUUAGCCAAGUUGAAGCAUUGUGAUCCUGGCGUGCAAUCUGGCACUGAGGAUUAUCAUUAUGUCGAAGCAGCUAACUGCAGAUGCCAGGUUUGUUCCUCGGACGAUACGAGCUGUGAAUGGCUACCACCAGAUUCUUCAUUACUUGGAGGACUUAUACUGAAAGAAGAGUUACAAGAAGAAAUCCCAGAAGAUGACACGGAAUAACAAGUCUAAGCUACCGAUUCUAUUUGUGCUAGUAGCUACAAAUCAAUUAUUGUAUCAAUGGAACGUUAAAUAAAUUAUAGCCUGACCAGGAACAUAAAAACCCUGGCAUAGAGGCGCUUCAAUUGCAUUUGAUAGUGCAACACUGAGUACAGUCGUACCUGUGUUAAAUUAAUAGGCUAACUUUAUGUAUCAGGAUUACGGGCUAAUUUAAUAUUUUCAUAAAUUAACGAAAAAAUAUUAUUAUAGGUAACCUGGUUUAAAUAAAUUAAAUGACACCAUCAAUCGAGCUAGUAGGAUUUAUUUUAGUAUUCAUCAAUAAUCAAAUUCAGAACUUGAAUAUUAAACUGCAAUGUCUGCUCAUGAACGCUUCAAACUCGGUACUUCUUUCCCAAUUCCAUAAAAUUCAACACUUAGAAAGUGACAAAAAACUUUAAAAUAGGUAGUUGAAACAAACCACAGCUAAUUUUCAUAGUGGACUGUACUAUACGAUAAACAUGUCAGUCAAUUUGACAACCUUUGUUGGAAACAUUAUUCAAUGAAAAUAUUGUCCGAACCCUUGGUAUUUCUCUUCGACAAAUACUUUAACACAUUGUGAACCACUUUUCUUUCACGACUAUAAAAAGAUUUUAGCAAUUUCAUUUACAAAAUCAAUUGCGCACAUUUAAAAUAAAGUUUGUUUACACUUUGACAGCAAUAGACUGACAUGCAAGGUGACAUGUCAAUGAAGUUUUCAGUUACUGUUGCCAUUAAAAGAAAUUAGUACCAUUAGUUUUCCGCAACAUGGCGAGGGUUUUUAUGUUCCUGGUCAGGCUAUACUUACAUGUUG